AGGGUGGGGAAGGCGGGAGCGGGGCGGGAGAGGACUCAGGGUAGCCAGCCUGUGGCGGGGCCAGAGUGCCGGCGCUUUGAACUCCGGGCGAAGGUGAAGCAGAACUUUUGCAAGUCGUGCCGGCGGCUCUCUUCGCUCAGGCAGGGUGCCUGCCUAACGCCAGAUGUUGAGUUCAUCUCUGAGUUGUAUAGUCAGUGAAUUGAAAUGGAUGCUAUGUUUUAAAUUCCGAUCACCUGCAGACUGCAUUUCAAAGGGAAAGUAUUGUGGACAUUUUUCUUCCACAUCUUCUGAAUAAAGAGACUCACUGUUAAUGAAGAGAAUUGAGCUGCUAUAGGUUUGGGCGUCAAGAUGCCCUUUGCUGCAAUGAUCCCUGACAGUCAACCCAGAGCCAGUGUCUUGCUGAGCUGCCUUAAACUGCGGUCAGGAACGCUGACACGUUUAAGAGAACUUUAUGGAUCAGGUUGCUAAUCAGUACAUGGAAGAUUUGAAGAGCUGAAGAAAAAAACCAGUAUUAAACUGGUUUUUUUAAAUAUCUAGGUUGGAAUUUGCCCUUGACAAAUAGCAAAAUGAUGAGUGAUGCAAGUGACAUGUUGGCUGCGGCAUUGGAGCAGAUGGACGGUAUUAUAGCAGGUUCUAAGGCCCUGGAAUAUUCCAAUGGGAUUUUUGAUUGCCAGUCUCCCACCUCCCCGUUCAUGGGAAGCUUGCGAGCUCUGCACCUUGUGGAAGACCUGCGCGGGUUGUUAGAGAUGAUGGAAGCGGAUGAGAAGGAAGGCUUGAGGUGCCAGAUCCCAGACUCCACGGCGGAAACGCUCAUCGAGUGGCUGCAGAGUCAAAUGACAAAUGGACACCUCCCUGGGAAUGGAGAUGUGUAUCAAGAAAGGCUGGCACGUUUAGAAAAUGAUAAAGAAUCUCUCGUUCUUCAGGUAAGUGUGUUAACAGACCAGGUAGAGGCUCAGGGAGAAAAGAUUCGCGAUUUGGAGUUUUGCCUUGAAGAGCACAGAGAGAAGUUGAAUGCCACAGAAGAAAUGCUGCAACAGGAGCUUCUGAGCAGGACAUCCUUAGAAACUCAGAAGUUGGACCUGAUGGCUGAAAUAUCUAACUUGAAGUUAAAAUUGACAGCUGUAGAGAAGGACAGAUUGGAUUACGAAGAUAGAUUCAGAGACACAGAAGGGCUAAUGCAGGAGAUCAGUGAUUUGAGGUUAAGAGUCAGUGAAAUGGACAAUGAAAGACUUCAGAAUGAAAAAAAGCUGAAAUCUACCAAAGAGGAACUGGCAUCUCUAAAAGAACAGCUGGAAGAGAAGGAAUCUGAAGUAAAAAGACUACAAGAAAAAUUGGUUUGCAAGAUGAAAGGAGAAGGGAUUGAAAUUCUUGAUCGAGAUGAAAAUUUUAAAAAGAAGCUCAAAGACAAAAAUAUUGAAGUACAAAAAAUGAAAAAGGCUGUGGAGUCUUUGAUGGCAGCAAAUGAAGAAAAGGAUCGGAAAAUAGAAGAUCUUCGACAGUGCCUGAACAGGUACAAGAAAAUGCAAGAUACAGUGGUACUGGCCCAGGGUAAAAAAGGCCAAGAUGGUGACUUUGAAGACCUGCUCCCUUCCAGUUCCUUCUCCACUUUGCUGGACGCACAGGGCUUUAGCGAUCUGGAGAAAAACCUGUCAUCUACGCCAGUAAUGGGAUCUCCCAGUCAUGACCCAUUUAACACAAGUGCUCCAGAAGAGUUCCACACCAGCAUCUUGCAAGUUUCAAUCCCUUCAUUAUUGCCAGCAUCUAAAGGCUUGGAAACUUCUGAAAAAGUGAAAUUGCCUCCUAAGCCAGAGACUUCAUUUGAGGAGAAUGAUGGAAAACUAAUCCUUGGUUCUGCCGUUGAAAUUCAACUAUGCGAUAGUCUUUCAACUUCAAGUCUGCAAAAGUCUAGCAGCCUUGGCAAUCUGAAGAAAGAGUCAUCAGACGGGGAAAAGGAGUCUGUUCCGAAGCCUUCAGAGGCUAAAGCUGUGGUAGAAAGCAGCCCAUUUGGGAGCCUCCCUCACAAAGCUCCGGGACACGAUGCCUCUGUGGAUGACAAUCCCUUUGGCACUCGAAAAACCAGAUCUUCCUUUGGUCGUGGAUUUUUUAAAAUCAAAAGUAACAAGAGGACAGCAAGUGCACCAAACUUGGAUCGUAAACGAAGUGCCAGUGCACCCACCUUAGCUGAAACAGAGAAGGAGACACCUGAGCACUUAGAUCUGGCUGGUGUAUCGUCUCAGCCAAAAGAUUCACAGGGGAGCAGUCCCUUCCAGAUAUCGCCACCAUCGCCGGAUUCCAAAAAGAAAUCUAGGGGUAUCAUGAGACUCUUUGGAAAACUUAGGAGAAGUCAAUCGACUACAUUUAACCCAGAUGACAUGUCUGAGCCUGAAUUCAAAAGAGGAGGGACAAGAGCAACUGCAGGACCCCGACUGGGUUGGUCUCGAGAUUUGGGACAAUCUAACAGUGACUUGGAUAUGCCAUUUGCCAAGUGGACCAAGGAACAGGUUUGCAAUUGGCUUGUGGAACAGGGCUUGGGGUCCUACCUGAACUCUGGCAAGCGCUGGAUUGCAUCUGGCCAAACACUUUUGCAGGCUUCUCAACAAGAUCUAGAGAAGGAACUUGGAAUCAAGCAUUCACUUCAUCGAAAGAAACUCCAGCUGGCACUGCAAGCCCUGGGAUCCGAAGAAGAAACCAAUCAUGGAAAGCUGGAUUUCAACUGGGUCACUAGAUGGUUGGAUGAUAUUGGUCUCCCCCAGUACAAGACCCAGUUUGAUGAAGGACGGGUAGAUGGUCGAAUGCUUCAUUACAUGACUGUUGAUGACUUACUGUCUUUGAAGGUCAUGAGUGUGCUCCAUCAUCUCAGUAUCAAGAGGGCCAUCCAGGUCCUGAGGAUCAAUAACUUUGAACCAAACUGUCUGCGGAGGCGACCCUCUGACGAGAAUAGCAUCACCCCAUCAGAGGUUCAGCAGUGGACCAAUCAUCGCGUGAUGGAGUGGCUGCGCUCCGUGGACUUGGCGGAAUAUGCCCCCAAUCUCAGAGGCAGUGGUGUCCAUGGUGGGCUCAUGGUUCUAGAACCUCGUUUUAAUGUGGAAACAAUGGCUCAGUUACUGAACAUCCCACCAAGCAAGACCCUGCUGCGAAGACACUUGGCCACUCAUUUCAACCUUCUGAUCGGUGCUGAGGCCCAACACCAGAAACGGGAUGCCAUGGAGUUACCAGAUUAUGUACUUUUAACAGCUACUGCCAAAGUGAAGCCAAAGAAACUUACCUUCAGCAAUUUUGGGAAUCUGAGAAAGAAGAAACAGGAAGAUGGGGAGGAAUAUGUUUGUCCAAUGGAAUUGGGACAGGCCUCAGGAGGUACAUCUAAGAAAGGAUUUAAGCCUGGUUUGGACAUGCACCUGUAUGAUGAGGAUGACUUGGACCGGUUAGAGCAGAUGGAAGACUCAGAAGGGACAGUGAGACAGAUAGGCGCAUUCUCCGAGGGCAUCAACAAUCUAACCCACAUGUUAAAGGAAGACGACAUGUUUAAAGAUUUUGCCGCCCGUUCCCCCAGCGCCAGCAUCACCGAUGAAGACUCCAACGUCUGACCGCAGCACCUGGAUGAGCACGGGGAACCCUUCAUCUUUGUUCCGCUUUAUUUCUCAAACGGUCACAGUAUCUACAGUAAGCAACAGAUUGUUUAUUGUUCAUCGUUCCCACUUCUCAUUUAGAAGUGGAAAUGGAGAGGAGGGACUAGGUGCCGAUUCUAAAGUUGCCACGACAAAGAAGACACUGGUGAAUGAGAGUGUAAUUGUUUUUCCUCUAUUUAAUGUAAAGAAAAAAAUCUGUGAUAUAUUCUAUUUAAAGUGUUGCAUUUCAUAUGAGUAUUUUGCCCUAGUGUUUCCAUCUACAUUCACAGCGUGGAGGAUUUGGGAAGCAGUAACCAGUGAGGGAAUGAUUUUUGACAGCACUGCAGCCCUUGAAGCAGGACGUUAUGUGCUUUCAAAAUCAACAUGUGGAAUUUCUUUAAGCGUUCAGUGUGCCCACUAAAUGCCAGCCACACCUCCACCUGCCUCCACAUAUUGUCCCAUUUUUAUAUAUUUUUCUAAAUAUAUGUAUAUACUUAGUACAUAGAAAAUAGAACUUUUAUUUUGUGACAUAAGGAAGAUGGUAAAAAGAUCACAUUAAAAAAAAAUACAGUGAUCAAAAUUUUUGUAUACCAGCUGGUUCUUGGAGAGGUCAUAAAUGAUCUGUCUUUCUCCAAAACUGAAUUUAAUGGUGUUGAUCAUGCAGACUAAAUUAGCAUAUAUGAAAUACCCCUUCUUUGAUGAUACAUCACAAAAUUGUUGAAUAGCUUUUUAAGAAUUUCAACCUUAAUUCUUGGAUCCUCUUACCUCAUAAGGGAGAACUUGAGGGACAUUUAAAUACUAUUAACUUGAAUGCAUUCAGAAACUCCCCCAAAUUUUGUAGAGAUGAUUUCUGAAGAAACAAACAAAACAAAGCCCUUUACAGUAUUAAGCUUCUUAUCUUCCUCUUUGCUAAAUAUAUCAUUACAUCAAAAUACUAACAGUCUUCCUAAUGUUAUUAAUUGUACAUUUCUCAGGCUAUUAGUGAAUGGGAUUUUUUUUAAAAAGCUGAAUACUUGUCUGAAUAUUUUGUCUCAAUCAGAGUUCAGUAACUCAAAGGCUGCAAAAUUAGUUUCAUAAUGGCUAUAUUGUGAUGAUAAAAUGCAGUUCAUGUUUUUCUGUAGCACAGGUCCCAGAUAUUCUUUAUAAAGAAAAUAGAAAGCUGCAACAGAAACUGUUAUUAUGUUUAUUAUUUUCUAGAGGCAUUAGAAAGAAUAUUCUAUUUUUUAUUCAGUACUUCAUCAUGACUCAUGAUAGCCAAUGGUGGUAAAGACAGGUUUUCACAAAUUGGCAUAGGGUGGGUAGUUCAGUAUAUGUCAGUGGACUUGCUUAAUAAACUGUAUUUGAAUGUCAGUGGUAUGAUCUUUCAAGCUAACAAGCUACCAAGCUUUUCAUCAAGGAACCUGUGAUACUAAAUUACUAUUUAUUCAUAACUAAAAUAGUUAAAUGCUAAUAAUAAUCUUUUGCUCCCUAUCAUUCAUUAUUUGGUAACUGUAUUGGACUCUUACCGUAUUUGUGUUUUAUUUUAAUGUGAAUACGUGUCACCAUUUGAAAAACAAUUUGUUAUUCAAACCUGGUUAAAAAUACCAGGAGACUGUUAUAGAUGCCAAGUAUUCUUUAUUCAGGACAAUGGAACAUCACUGAUGAUAUGUGAUGUGGUUAAAUUUUUUUGAUGAUAUAUAUUUUAUUUACAAAAUAUUAUGCACUGCUGGUAUUACCAUAUGAAAAGAAAUAAAGUCAAUUGAUAAU